GCGAAAUCAUUAUUCUUCGCUUGUAAAGUUAUAUAUUGUUUUGAGUUUAUUUUCUACGUUAUAGCUGUUUUUUGCUUCUCUUGUUGCUUAUGGUUUUCUUUUUUAAGUACCAUGAACGACUUGGGUAUGGCGAAACCUGUAGGGAUUAUGCCGAACCAUCUCGAUUUGAGGGAGAUCACUUUCACAAAUCUUUUGCUGUUGGAUUUUAACCCUGCAGAAAUGGAGUCCAAAUACCGAGUGGUAUUUAAUCGGUAAGGUCAAGUUUAAGGUAACUCUGGCAUAAUAAAAAGGCCGUUAGUGUGAUCAACGAUAACUUCUUCAACCGAUGAUUUAUUCAAAUGGUCAGAAAGCAGGAUCCUGCUUUCUGACAAGUUGAAGAUAUCAUCGGUUGAAGACGUUAUUUGUUGAUCGAGGCAGUGUAAACAUUACGUACAUACGUGUGUGUACGCUAAACAGGAAAGUGUUGUUUUAUUUAUCGUAUAAAUGAAAACAGCAAUUAGCAUGAACGUAUAACCGGUGUGAGCCUAAUCCUCUGAAAACACUGAGGUCACAUUGGAUAGCUUUUUAAGAGCAAGCUUAUAAAGAUUGAAAGCCUAACUGGGAAGAAAUCAGGAUUUACAAGGUUGCCAUUAAGAAUUCUCGUCGCAGGAGAAAGAUUUAACAUAAAAAGUAGUCAUAGGCUACCAAACAUUAGCCAGAGAAUUCAGCGUAGUAAACAGAGAAUUCUUCCAUCUCCACCCUGGAUACCCCUCAUGGCUAAGUUCACCUGGCACUGGAUGAUCGCACCCUGCGUUCACACAGUACUAUUCAAUAUUUUCCCUCUCUUCACACAGAACUCUGAACAGCUAAGCAGCUGGUUCCAUGUGAACAGAACACCUAAACGUACAAAUUCCAAACCAGUGAAAAAUGCAUCGUGAUUUGUGAAGAUAACCUUGCCUUGGGCUCCCUUGCCUCAUCUUUUUUUGAAACGUUGCAUUCCUAUUCCUAUUCCUAGGCCCUCAAGCCUCCUUCUUCCCUGUCAGCAGAGGCCUCUUUUCCCUGGUUUUGACCUCUGCUAGUGGGGGAAGUCUCCUUCUUGAGCAGUACCCAGAUGCUCUACGAGAUCAUAGGCUUAGGCAAGACUAGUCAAGAUACAAAAUAAUGUACCAUUUAUUUCUUAAAGUAAGUGGGGAUAAUCAACUGUAUAAUUUGUGUAGGAUGUACAUGAAAAGCUACUCUCUGAGUAUACCUUCAAUUAUGUGGAUAUACAAUGUAGCCUUCAGCAGCCAUCAACCUCUUUGUGUAUCUUUCUUUUCAGAGACAUGUUUGCUUUGCCAAACAAGAAGGCCAUGGAGGUUGUCAUGCAUUUUCUCUUUACCAGACUCCAUCCUCAGCUGGCUUAUGAAGAGUUCAGGUGUUAUAAAUUUAGUUGUUUGCAAUCAAUUGUCACAAUACAUUUGCCAAACUAGCCGUCAUAACUAAUCGUGACCAAAGUAAGAACUAAUUAAGGCAGACAUGAUUGUAAUGUUAUAUUUGUGAAUCAGAAAACCUAGUAUGUUGGAAAGCCUCUAUCAGGAGUUAAUUGAUUCUCAAUAAAAGUUAUUGUCAGCAUUGUUUUAUUUUUUUCUUUCCUUCUUAAAAACAUUAAUUUUUCUCAUGAACACAGAGAUUGCUGGCCUGUUCGAGAUAAAGUGCUUGAGCAGCAGUUUAGAAAAGUAUGCUUCAGCUGGGUGUCCAGAAUACAAAAGGUAUUUUAAUUUAGUAUCUGCAAGUUGUAAUCAGGUUUUUUUCAUGGACUUGUGAAGUUGAUUGGGUUUUUACAACCUGUGCAGUGCAAGAUGUACUCCAUCAAAUAUUUUGAUCACAAUACCAUACAGCACAUACAGUACAAUGUACAUGCUUAUAACAAGUCCAUGCACAAAUACAUUGUAGUCAAGGACCACAAGGUACAUGUCAUUUAUAUCAUUAACAUAAUUGACAAAAUAAUUCACAUUGCCCUUCAAAAAAGUUUCUACAUGUACAUGUAUAUGUUUUGGUUCAAUUUUAUCCCUGGUACAAGUGUUAUUUUCUUUUGUUUCUGGGUAUGGUAAUAUAUGAUAAUGAACCUGAAACAAAAGAAAAAAAAUUAAACCAAGGAUAAAAUUAAACCACAACAUAAAUACUACAGACAAAGUAAAUGAACUCAUGCCUCAUGCCUUGCUUUGCAAGUGAUUGAUUCAUUUAUUCUGUAAUAAUAAUUAUUGUUAUAGGAAGAUCCAGAGGCAAGGUUACCCAGAAUUGUUCAAUCUCUCUUCCACUCUCCCGGAGGUACCAGCAUAAGAUUUAUGUGCAGGAGUUUUUUAAUCUAAUUUUUACUUUGACUGCAUAUAUAGCUGUGGUGGUUCAAUUUUAUCCCUUGUUUAAAUUUUAUUUUCUUUUGUUUUUGGGUGUGGUAAUGUAUGAUAAUGAGUUUGGGACAAAAGGAAAUUAAGUUUAAACCAAGGACAAAUUUGAACCACAACAUAGCCACCUCUCAUAAUUUGUUGCACAUCAAUAAUGUCUCCUUCAUUUUAUCACUCGUAGCAACAGGGUGUGAUAAGAGGUUGCUGCAUUUUGAAAGCUAGUCAGUUUAAUAUUUCAUUGUGAAUGUAUUAACUGAUGAAGUGAUACAAUAAAUUAUAUGUGAUUGUGAUACUACUGAAGUACAUUUAUAAAUGAUGUAUUUGAUAUACUCUUGACUGCGUGGGCUGUCUUUAAGGGCUUGGCACUGAGGAUUUCCCCCAGCUACUAUGAGCAGGUCACUUGAAUCUUAGAGACAGCCUGCCCAGGCCCUUGGUUUAUUAAAGCACAUGUAUUCCUUUCUAAAGAAAAAAAACCUUCUUAUGGUUCUGUAAUGUGUCAAGCGUUAACUUACCUGACUCUGCACUGUGUAAUGAUUUGCAAUGAUAUGCAUUAUAUGAACAGUGUAAGCAGCACAGCAGCUACUAAAUUGUUAACCUCCCGGUAAAACAUGUUUUUCUGUCCCUCCCUUUGAUCAGGGUUCCCACAGUCUUAAAAGGUCCUUGAAUUUUAGAGGAAGUCCUUGAAAAGUCCUUAAAUUUCUAUGCAAGUCCUUGAAAAGUCCUUGAUUUUCUUCAACUUUGAAUGUAGUGGCCUGGAAAGUGUUUUUUGAUGCUGUGCAUUUUUAUAGAGUCUGUGAAAUUAUAUUCCUAGUAGGUGGUCAUUGAAAAUCUAAUGUAGUCCUUGAAAAAUGGUUGAAAUCUUUUGUGUGAACACUGUUGAUGCUUAUCCCCUUAAAAUUUGUAAGAACCUGGUGAUCCUGAUACUGAAUUUCCUUCUUUACCACAGGAGAUCGAUUUUAUGCCUUUCUUCGUCAUUUCUCAUUGUAUGUUCUGACAAAGGUCAUGCAUCGAGAUCAUGGUAGGUGUUGAACAUAAUAAAGUCUUAUUUUUCUUUUGUACCCUUUUGUACUGCCAUUUAUUGUUUUAGAAUAACAUGGUAAAAGGUUGAUAAAUACUUCAAAGUUUUUUUCAAAUGCCAUAGCAGUGAGUUCAUUAUUGAAAUAUUAAAAAAUAAUAUAAUUUCCUGUUAUGGCCUGUAUGAUCAAACAUCCUUUCACUAGUGGAUCAGCAAGGUUACUACAAAAUGAUAAAUCAUAAAGCCGAUUGCUUAUAAAGGCAUCUCUGUGGAAAAAAAAACUAUCGAAUAUUUCUAAAGUUGUAUCAUGAUUAUUUGCUUUUUUCUUGGCUUUUUCCCAUUAGGCAAAACAAUCAGCAUUCCUACAUUUUCAACCAAGACUGUCCAUAAUCAUUCCUUUACACAAGUCAUGUCAAGAGCACUGGAGGCUCAUUAUAUUGUUUUGAAAAAGAGGUAAUCAUUUUAAAAAAUAAAGCCAUCGAACAAAGGAAUAGCUACAGGUAUAUUAAAACGCUUCAUCCCUGAUAGUAAUAAUGCCUUCAAAUAUAGUCUAAUUUAUUUAAUUAGUGAUUAUUCUCAGUAACAUAUUAAAACUUGUCUUUAAUUCAAUAAAAACUGUUUAAAAAAACCCAAGCCAAACUUCCAAAUAAAUACUGUUUAAAAUUAUCUAUGUUAUUUUUGUAAAAUGAUGAAAAAUAAUGUUUUCCACAUUGCUAGUCUUGUGCAUCUCACAUGGGCAAAUAUAUCAAUGUUUUUCAGAUUAAAUAGGAUUUUCUUUUUCUUUUUUUUUAGUGGAUAUUUUUGUCACUAUUGACUAUUCAUUGCUGAAACACAGAAUAAAUAAAAAAUACUUGGUUUCACUGUAGGUACACAUAUAAUCUGCUUUUUUCAUUAGAUUUCUUGAGUUUACACAACAAGCGGUGCAAGUUGAACAGCACUGGAAAGAGUUUGCAAUGUAAGUAAAGAGCAGUUAAAAAAAAUUCUGAUAUUUGAGGGAAGAAGGUACAGACAGUAUGUAACAUGCAGGACUGUCAUUAAUAGCUGCAGGCCGUAAAUUUUACACGUACAUGUUCACCUAGUUGUUAUGCAAUAAAUAGGGAAACCUUAUGUCAGUGUUAUGGUAUGCUCUUAGCGAGUCAACAAAGGAGUUCAGGUCUUUGAUGAAAAGGAAGCGUGAUGUUGAAAAAUAUGUCAUGGAAAUGGAUGGAAUGAUAGCACCUCGAGGAACAACUAUUGGGUAAGAAUAAACAUGUUAUCAGUAACCUUGUACCAUGUAUCAUUUGCACUGAUGGGUUUAGUUACUGUAAUCUGUAGGGUGAAGACAGACUACCAAGAAGAGGUUGAAGCACUGAAAAGGACUCAGGAGUUGCAAAAGGUAUUAAGUUCUUCGCUAGUCUUUAGGAAUUGUUACUUUUCAUUUUGUUGACUUCCCUUUUGUGCUUUCAUUACAAGAUUCUCAACCAAAACAUAACUGUCCAAAAAAAUAAGAGCUUACAGAAACAUAAAGUAAUGCAAAAUCAUCUUAACAAGCUUGCUACUGCCAGUCUUUGUAGGUACUGACCUGUGGAACAACUCACAUCAAGCCCAGGGCUCAAGACAUGAGCUUGUUAUCAUGGAAGUCUUGUCAAAUCUGUUUACCAAAAAAUCAAAACAAAGCCAAGUUAAAUAUAAGCAUUAUCCAUUUUUCCCUCACUUUGAUUGCACGGAUAACACCUGAAAGCCUCAUAAGCCCACUGAUGGUGAAGUCUGAUAAAGGUUACCCUUUUGCAAACAAAGUGUGGUAUAUGGAGAUGUAAAGCACAAUGCAUUACCUUCAUAGUGAUCAGCAAUUACACUGGGUCCCAAAUCCUGACACAGCUGAUUAUUGAGUUCUCAGACCUGGGGCCGGUUGCUCGAAGCCUGGUUAGCGCUAACCGUUGGUUAGGAGGUAUCAAAAUGUAUAGGUUUCCAUGGUAUUUAACGCUGGUUAGCACUAACCAUGCUUCGAGCAACCCGGGCCUGGUAAUAAAUUGUCCUGUGGGUAGCUUCCCGUCCAAUUGUUUGAGCCAAAGAACAUUUAAGAUGUCUACAAAAUACUUGGCAUGACUGUCACAAGGAUCAUCGUCAGGUCGAAAUUACCUGAGAAACAAUAGACUCCCUUGGUAGUUAGUUAGCAACUGCUCUAAAUAUCAGAGAACUCUGAGUCACAUUCCUCUGUCCUCCUCCAAUGCCUGUCGUUGAGGAGAUACAGUGUAGUGACCAGGUUUGGCAGAAGUAUACCAUAAUCAUUUAUUGCAAAGUCCCAAAUAGGACUUCAACUCCUUGACACUUGUAGGACACUAAGAUUCAUGGUCAAAUCUGUCCUCUGCAGGAGGAGGUGAAUGUUGUUAUUGUCAAUCCGGUGUCUAAGAAAAAUGAGGGCCCAGUGAAGGAAAGUAAAAUUGGAUGAUGAUACUGUGGUCUUGAAAAUGCCUAAAACCCUUCCCCAGAUCCAUAGGGGAACACCCUGAAUCAGAACAUCAUCCAAAUGGCAUAUUGUGAACUUUAUGCUAGGCCUGCAGAAUCUGGUCCAUAAAUUCUCUGAAAUGUGGCUGGUGCACUGGAGACUCCAAAUGGCACCAAGUUUGUAAUGGUGCAACCCCUUGUGAGUCUUAAUGGUCAGGUUCCCCUGGCCUGACAAUCUUUAUCCAACUUGCUUAAGUUGGAUGACGUUGUUCACAUAUACCCUAAAUAACUGCUAAAUACUUUUCCCCUGGCCGAUGUUGCAAACAAAUCUUCUGCAUUAGGUAAAGAGCUAGUACUGAUGAGAAUCAACACACCAGAGUAUUGUUAACAAACUAUUCAACACACUUGCAGCAAACCAUCUUUCUUGGGUCUAACACCAUCGAGACAGCCCUCUCAUUUUGGCUUACUUUGUAAAUGAUCCUUUCAUUUCCUCCAGUUUCCCUAACUCUAGCCCAACUUUUUCAUUGAGUGCAUAUGCAGCUGGUCAUGUUGAUGGAACAGGUGAGGCGAGAGUGGAUGACAUCAAGACAUGCUGAACUUUAAGCAAGCAUGUGUCUUCCCAACACCCCCCCCCCCCCCCACCAGAAAAACAUAUUGUACAUAUCACCCUUCAUUUUUGCCACUGUUAAUGCCAAUACGCACAAAACCCCUGAACUGGCAUGUAGAAGGUAUGUAGAUGUAUUGUAAUGAACAUAAUUUACAGACCAAUGAUUUUCACAUGUUCGUAAUGUAUAGGUUCGUGACUUGUGGGCAGGGAUUGCAGAAUUUUACACAGUCCAGUCACCUCAGGUAUGCAUUGCAGCUCAUAUGAUGUAGAAUUUUGUUUCAAGUUUGCAUUCUAGCUCUGCUUUUUUCUUCCUGUUACUUUUCACAUGGGUCAAAUGGUCGUGUGCCUGAAUUAGUACAGUGUUGUUUGGAGAGUAUAAUGCAGUGGUAAGCACUAACACAAUAUUGAUUCUUCAUUCUGGGAAUGCAAGCAAGCGUCAAAGCCACAAACUAUAGUCUUACACUGUGCUUCACAGUGUUGUUUUCUAACCCCUGAUUGGUGUUUUCUUCACUACACAUUCAAUAACAUUCCAUAAAUAUUUCUGCUGUUCGCACCUUUUUAUGAUAAGCUUUACGUGUAUACCAAGUUUGUUGUAAUUGUUUUUCUCUUGUAUUUUCAACUGAACAGAGAAGUAUAGUAGACUCAGUGCUCCAGGGUGAAGCAAACAAGUAUCAAAUUGAUGCUGCUGACUUUCAGCCAAGGGUGAGUGGAAAACAUUAUAAUCAAUUUGGCCUCAAUAGACUACUCUAGAUACUUACCUUAAUUGCCAAGUUCUCAAUAUAAAAUCUCAUUUCUAAUUGAAAUGAGAACCUGAAUGGUAUUCAUUGUCACAGAAUGGUUAGGGAUGCCAAUAAUUUACGUUUCCCAUCCUUUAAGGCUGGAUACAGCAUUGCAAAGUUUGUACAUGUAAGUUAUGUGUGAGCAUUGGGCUGCUGGACCAAUUUCUGGUAGUGUUGUCCUGUGGUUUCCUUUCCUCAAGUUUGCCUUUGCCCUCAGGUGUGACAAUGCCCUGCUUACCUUAACGUGGCAUACUUUCUAAAGAGUAAAGUAGCACAGUUGAAUGUGUGUCUCAUAUAUACAUUUAUUAACUUGAGUGAUGGAUUAUUUCCUGUUUUGUUAUUUUCAGGUUCCAGACUUGCUGUUGAGAGAUUGUGAAAGAGAAAUAAAAAAGGUAAAUAGUUCGUUAUUCCACCUUCCUUUGCUAACUUCCAGUAACAGGAAUAUGUGUAAAGUUUGUGUUCAUUCAGAUAUUUUACUUUUUCUUUUAUUCAUUUGCAGAGAAAUAUUGAAGACACUUAUGUUAGUGGAAAAGUCAAUCUGUUUAGGUGAGAUGGAAGAAUUUAGAGAAUUAUUUUGGUGUUUUUUGAAGUCCUUAACAACUUGAUUCCCUGAUUUCCUUUCCCUGCAAACAGCCUCAUUCAACUCUGGAACUUGUCGCUGAGUAAGAUAAAGGAGCAGCUAUCUCAAGGUUUGUCACCGUUGUUUUGGUUUAUACCAUAGAACUUUGACAUACAGCCAUUUGAAUUGAACAUUGGACCAUUGACAAACAAAAGUUGUGGAGGUUUAUUUGAUCCAUUGCUGUGCCUUUUCAAUGAAAGAAGGUGGAGUGGUUUAUGUGAUUAAGGUUGGUGGUUGUUGUUUUAUUGUUUUAUAUUUUCUUCUCAGAUUCUCUUCCUGGCUUUGAUGAUCAGAGUCCAGUAAUGAAAUCAGCACUGCAUACUCAUUAUGCUCAUCUUGCAAACACCACAGCUCUGAGGUAGGCAUUCAUCAUCAUCAUCAUUAUCAAUAUUUUUGCUAGUACAACCAUGUACCUUUUUUGUACAUUUUUUUUUUGCCGUGAUUCAAUGGUCAAGGCUUCUGUCUUCUCAGUUCUUUCCUGAGUUUAACCACAGAUGCUAGCUUUUUUGUACUUUUAGUUGAAUCAGUGCUGUCACUAAUCUUAUUGUUAUUAUUAUUAAUAUUUACAAUACAUGGCAAAGUUGAAUGGUAGCUAACAAAGGAUAUGAAAUUUUCUUACAUUGUCAGCUAUUAUGUUUCUAAAAAGCAACUUAGCUCUGAUUUCUAACUGCCCUUUGGAUCAAAGCCCUGUUAAUAAUAUUUUGAUGCAUGAUUCAUAGUGUACUGUUAAAAGGAUAUAAAAUUUAAUCAAAUUAGUUAAAACUAGCUUUGUUGUACCUGGCCGGAGGUGCAUUUUCAGAACAUUCAUAACAUCAUUUCCAAAGGCAUUUCAGACAGGCAACUUAUUUUCUUUUCAUUAUUUUUUUCAGAGAGGCAAUCCAAGCGACAAUGCCUUCAAUGAAGGAAUCAAUCCAUGAGAUGAAGCAGCAGUGUUAUAAGAGCCUUGAGAAGCAGGACAGUUCACAUCAUGAAGCACCUGUUGUAUUUGUGAGUGAGAGUGAGAAACGCUCCAUCUCUACACUACAUUCCUUAAAUUUCUCCCCUCAUCUUUAACUCAAAAGAGGACUCUGUAGACCAGAUAAAUUGGUUCUAACUAUUUACUUGCAACUGAAAUUAUGUAGUGUAUGAAUUGUGUUACUAUUGUGACUAUUUCUUUUUAGUUGCCUUGCUGUUAUUAAUAAAGAGAUUAAGAGUCAGGUUUACGACAAACGGCAAACGUCAUAUUCAAGUUGAGAAAUUCUCAGAAUAGAAAAUAAGCAGGUAAAAACUGUCCAGAACAAUUCUUAUGGAUAAAACAGGGGUGAAACGACUUAUUUUUGUGUAGAGGUAAUAAACAGUAAACGACAGUUGAGGGGAAAACUUGGUCACGUGGUACAAACUCACGUUUGCCGUUUGGCGUAAACGUGAAUCGUAAUCUCUCUAAUGUGAUUUUUGGAUCGUUAAUUGCUAGAUUAUUCUUACAGCUGUAUAAGGUAAUAUGAUUGUUAUGUAUGGGGCAGAAGAACAAAAGAAAAGUUUGUUAAUGAUUUUGUUACUUGCACAACUUAACCAAUCCCUCAGCAUGAAAGAUGCAUUAUCACUCCGCAUUUACUUUUUAAAUGUUUCAGAAACUUGGCCUUGUUCCUCCUACUCCACCUGUGUCAUUUGCAGCCGCUAACACACCAGCAGCAGCAGAGAGAAUUGCUUCAUUUAAUGAAACUCUCAGGAUGUCACCAGAAACAGGUUUACAACACUUAGCACUCUUUUUCAGUUCAGUUAACAAGGAAAAUUCAAUAGUUUAGUUUUCAACAGAUACUGUAUUUAUCUGUUAAACAUGCUGAAUCUCUGAUUGUUGAAAAUGUUAACUUAGUGUCAACCCCUGAUGUCAUUCAAGCGUGGACCCAAUCUUCCAAAAAAAGCCAGUUGAGUGGUAAGGGUAGGUAACUUAUCAAAUUAUUUGCCAGCGACUAACAUGUCUUGUAUUCUGUAUUACCACCAUUGUUUUAAUCAGUCGUUUUUUCUUUUAUCAAGUUACCAUUAUCCUUUAGUUGGUGAUUGAAUCCUUUCUUUCUUUUUUUUGUUUUGUUUUGUUUUGUUAGAUUCCCAGGAAUCUUUGGCAAAGCAAGCAAAGUAUGUGACUAUAAUACUCUGCAUUGUCUUUAUCUACAAUUUCCGCCAUUAUGUUAUUUUUGACUUGAAAGCAGAUAGUGGUAGAGAUUUCCUUGCUAACAUUGUUUCAAUUUUGUUUUUGAGGAUCAGAAAUGCAGAGCCCUCAAGACUUCCACGACCGAAACGGCAUGUACAACUAGCUUCCCAGGUACUCAAUUGAGAACGCAAACAGUCAGUAACCACGUCUUAAGAUUGUGAGAUGAACUAAGAUAUCCACUGCACAUGGCCAGCAAUUAUCAUCACACAGUUCCUUACCUGACCAACUUCUAUGAUUUUUUGUUCACUCAAUUAUUUAAUGUUCUUUUAUUUGUCUUUCUCGUUUAGGGUGCAACUGCCAAACCUAUUACCUCAAAGUCGACGCAAAAAAGGAAAACGAAACCAACUAAAAGUUACACUCAAAAAAGCGUCCUCUACCCGGUAUGCGUUAACAUUCUAUCUUCACCAUUUGUUAACUCUCGAAAGUUAUUCUAUAAGUUUCCAACAAUGGGUGGGGAAAUUGGCAUACAGCAAGGUCUCUUAUUAAACAAGAAAAUCAAGUAAAGAGAUACCAUAGUUUGCUUUUGAUUGAUUGUUCGUUUUUUCCUUUAUAAAGCACUAUGUCACCCCAAGAGGUCAGGAGGUAAAGAAAGAGACUGCUAAGGAAUCCCCAUUAAUUCUUCAACCGCAAACAAUUUUAGCAAAUGAGGUGAGUAACUAGGCUCAGUCUCCAGCCGGCUCGGGUGUCUCGAUGCGCCCCGGGUGUACCGCGGGCGCAUCGAGACACACAAGGCUGGAGACUGAGCCUAGUGAAUAACUGGUUUUGCUCUUUUUUCACUGAUUAUCUAUUGAUGUUAUCUUUCUUGGUAGCCUGAUGUCCCAGCCGUUAAUCCUAAAUCUCAGGAUUCUUCAAUUAAUUUAAUCAAACUUUUUGCAUUCAAUAACCUUUCACGUCAUGUUUUGAGAGAGCCAUUUAAUUGUAAGUUUAUUUUUUAGAUGAUAAUCUCGUUUAACCCAUAUCCCUACGUGUUAUGUUCCAUUACAGAUUGCAGAUGCCGUUGCCAUGGAUGAGACAACUUCCAGUUCACUGUCAUCCACGACUUCUUCAUCUAGAGCCAGUACCCCCAUUGUAUGAUAUUUGUUUAUUUAUUUUUACAAUCAAACUCCUCGAAUUAGAUAAAGUCUUAAGAUUCAUUCGUUCGCUUAAAUGGAUACGCUUUUUUAUUUGUGAUGUGUUAGAAAUAACACACGCGAAUCUUUCUUCCUCUGCUUUAUUAAUAUAGUGGCUUGUCUCCAAUCGCUACAUAUAAUACUCUUCUACCUCCUCCACUCUCACAGGUGGCUCAAGCAUUAGUGGACCCGGUUGGUGCCUUAGGUACGUUUCAUUCUUGUUGACUUCCAAGUCCUACAUCUAAAUAGAGGGAACUUCACUUUAUUGCACAUUUGUUUUGUUGUUGUUUUUGUUUUUUCUUUACAACAACUGUGGAACAGUUACAGUUUCAUACUUGGGUAAAAUGUGAUCACCAACUGAUACAAUCCUGUCGACAGAAAUAGAAACUCCUUUCACACAUAGUUCGUACAAUGUUGAAUAGGUCUUGAAUUCUAAUAGUCGUCUUGAAAAAUCCUUGAAUUCGGUUAAGGUCCUUGAAAAGUACUUGAUUUCUUCAUAAGGUCUUAAAAAGUCCUUGAAAUUCACUACUUUAGUUUGUUCACACCACAUCGUUUUCUGUGAAAGAAGAUUAUUUUGCAGGGGAAAAUUUAGCUCAUCCUCGGUUUAGGAGCCUGUAAAACUCACGGGUAUCGCAAAACGUUUCUGUGCAUGAACGAUCUUAUUUUUCAGAUGCAACUGCAAGUCAUACCCAGUGACUGUUGUCGUUUUCCAAAGCAUGGUGUUACGGAAAGUAGUAUAAAAUAAUGUGAUCAACCAUGGCUGAAGAAGUAAAAAUCGUUAUUGACCACAUUGAAUGUUUUAGCCAAUCAAAAGGGAGUCAAAGAAUGCCGAUUUAUUGAAUUUAUCUUAGUUCUUGAAAACUGUGAUUUGUCCUUGAAAGGGUCCUUGAAUUUUGUUUGAUUGAAGUUGUACGAACCAUGUUCACACCAACGGCCAAUUUAGAAACUUUUAUUAUCGUCUCGUUGCGGCUAUUAUUAUUCACGUACAAACGUUCCUACACAUUUCAGGACAAGACGCUUUUCAGUCUCGAGACCUGAUACCAAGAACUCCAGCCAAAAAGGAGGGAGGUUAGUAUGUAAAGGACUUUCAGACUUUAUCCGGUAUUUUACAAAACAACCGCAAACCUUGUCUACUGUUAACAGUCUGUAGGCAUAUAUGGCAGACUAGAAAACGUUUAACCACUUCGAAUAACUCGUUCAGAAACAGAUCUGGAUGUCCACCGAUUGUCUGAAACCACGGUCUAUGUUAGACUUUGUUUAAAUAACCAGAUCAUAAAGUAUUUGGUUCUAAGUUAACUCAUUUAUACUAUACGACUGCCUGUAAGAUUACAAUUUAAAGCAGUUCUCGUUUUAUCGUUUUUUUUUGUCUUUUAGAAGCGACCUUCACGAAACCUAUCAGUGAAAACAAAUCUGGGCGCCUUUUGGAAACAAUCCUUGAUGAUUCUCAGUCAGGAGUAGCUACUCCAAGUCCAAUUUUUGAGGAAAAUUCAACAGUUCCAUCCUCUCAAGCUGACCUAAGUUGGUCUGACAUCAACAUCACUCCAAGGUUACUUAAAACCUCGUACGUUCAAGAGUCGCCUCCUGAGCGUGAUUUCUUGCCAGUGAGUGUAGGAACAGCUUUUGACCUGUCUGGUGUGAAGCGAACCCCUGGUGUAGCUCCUGAAGAGACGGUUAAUGAACAUGAGUCUUUUAAUCUCUCAUUCAUUCGAGCUACUCCAAGGUCAGUCAAAAAAUCACUCUUUGAUGAUUCGCCCCAACCACCGGAAAUGAUGACGUCACAACAACAAGCUACUCCCAGUCAGGUAUUUACACAGCAAAUACCACAAUCAUCCAGUUUACCGCUUGACAUUGGUGCGUCACCUAAACUUGACUUUUGGCUGCUUCGUCAAAACGGAGACAACAUUCAAGUGACACCUAACUCGAAAAAAACAGAACUUUUCGAUGGAUCGCCAACAGAGAACAGCAAUUCGCCAUUUGAAGAUCUUAAAUUUCUUAACAUUUCUGGUGAGCAGUCCAGACCUAAAGAUUAUAAAGUUAAGUUGGAGAUGAAACCGCCUAAGGCGAAACCUCCUGAAUUGGAAAUCGGCUUCAGCCUUGCCUCUCCGGCUAGCAAACCGUCACCAGUUAGGAGUCCACUUCAUCCCCGCCGCACCACUCCAGAGAUGACAGGAGUUUCUAAUUCAAGUCAUCAUAAGCUUGAUACAACAGAGUUGACUGAAAGGCUUAACCGGAUCAAACACCCACCAUCAAAUAACGACGCUUUAGAACUACAACACUAUGAAUCUCUUAACCAUUCUGUCGCCAGAUCCAAAAACACUGUUGUGAAUGGAGGAACGCCUACACAUCACUCUAAUUCAGUACAUGAAAUGGUCUCUGGAUCCUCUGGUAUAUGUCUUACUCCCACAACCACCAGUGUCACAAAACCAACUCUACAGCAUAACGUUCUCUCAGAGCAGCGUGACACACCCGUCGCUCCCUUGGAUGUAAAACCCCCAACCAAGCUGAGCACAGGUAGUAAAAACCAUGUACUAUCAUCGUCAAAUGACGUUGACACCUCUGCGCUUAUCCAGAGACUCAACAGAAUAAAAUUAACUCAGCAAUCCGCUUUUUCCACACCACACUACACACCCUUGAGACUGCCUGAGGUCUGUGCAGAGGACAGCUUGCCAAGGGAAGAAAAUGCUGCGGAAACGCCUUCAGACGCGUCCCUUCUAGCCAGCAGACUGGACCAAAUAAAACAGGCGCAAAAAAGCCAACAGGUAACUGCUUUUGUCGGGCUUCUGUCAUAUAACUCUCUACAAGGUACGUAUUUAGACCUGGUUCCCAUCGUCUUGCGACAUUAGUAAUUGGCACUAUGGGAGAGGUAUAGUCAGUAAUAAUUAUGAUCAUUAAAAAUAGUAAUAUAACUUAAAAGUAGUCCCGCCCUUGAAGGAAGGCCUGGUGUACAGGCUGUUUUCCCAAUAUCAGGUACCCUGACAGGUAAUGAGUGACCUAGCAUGGCUUAUUUCUUUUCAGGUUUUUUCUAUUUUGGGUGAGAGAAAGCUUUCACGUUUGUUUUCCACGCUUGUUUUACGUUGGAUCGUUUCAGAAAAUCAAGAGAGUAUAAUACUACCCAUGUUUGUUGUUAUAGGUCACACCUGGAGCAAUUACUGGCGAGGACUUGAGUACCAGUCGCACAAGUGAGCCCGCUCUUCUAACACCGCUGACGCCAAGUAGUGGGGCCUCGCCUUCAGAGGAUGGUAUCAAGAAUGAGCUGGUCAAUUUCUCAUUUAACUCACCUAGAAACGUGACAAGCCCUCCUGGUUCGCCAUCUUCCUAUCUCGAUCGAAAUUUCUUUUUGCAAUCACCAUUCAAACACGACCAGGCGUUUACCAGUCCUUUGCAUGGAAACACACCCAUUUCGAUGGACAUCGGUGUAGGCCUUGGGCUUGUUGAAGAACUGCAGUGGGAGGCAGCCACCCCAAGCCUACCGCAGCGACUUGCAACUAGAACGGGUCCCGCUUCAGAAGGAAAGACCUCUUCUGCACCCACUACAAGUAAUAAUGGACUGCAUAGUGUAGUGAUGCACAAUACAUUAUCAACCCCUCUUCUGGUAAAUUCUGUUCAGCGACCAGAGCGAAUAACAUGGGUGACUGGACCAACUCACACUCCUGCAAGCCUAGUUGGCUUAUCCGGAGAAGGUAGGUACAUUAGGCAUUUGGCCCUACUACCCGGUCAAAACCCUCUAUGAACAAGUUUAGGUCGUGUUUUAUUGUCCGUAAACCGGAAUAGUAAUCGGCGGAGUGAAAUCCAGAAAUCAUUUGUUUGGGCAUUCAAUGCAUCGUACCAUCUAGAAAUCUUGUUGUAAGAUCACGGUAUAAGAGAUUUGUUAGAAAAUCUUUGCGUAUUCUCAUGAAUACUGCCAAUCCUUGGACAGCGGUCUAAGUUAUGCUCCGUGCAAAUGAUUGUGGGAUAUUUUCGCUCCUCUCUUCUCUGUGGUUUUCCUUGUUGUUCAGUCGGCGCUGUUUAACUUUCGCGUCCAAAACUUAUCCGGCUGUUUCACAACCAUGAGGUGAAUUCUUCGGCGGCGAACCAUUUGGUCAGCUUUGCGUUUGGUUUGAGCCAAGUUAUGUCUCAUCUUAUUACCUCGAGAGACGUGAAAGAUUUCCCUCGUGGAAGCGGUACCUCAAAACUACUUUCAAAAUUGGCAACCACGGGACUAUUUUGUCGCGGCCGGAAUAUUAAUGCAAGCGAGUGAUAUACCACUCAACCUUGGUGCGGUAAACCACACUAAGCGACCUUUGUCAUGUCAAGCUUCAUGUCAAGCAUGCAAUGGUCUCUUUCACCUAAAAUGUAUCGGAUUGGUCUAGCUACGUUCUCAUGUCUCUUUCUACAUUCUUUUUGUGCCAGUUUUGGACACGCACUUACAAUUAUUAUUAUUAUUAUUAUUAUUAUUAUUAUUAUUAUUAUUAUUAUUAUUAUUAUUAUUAUUAUUAUUAUUAUUAUUAUUUUUAUUAUUGUUAUUAUUAUUAUUACAAGGAUGCUUCCUCUUUCUCUUCAGACAGACAGAAUUUAUCACCGCGCCUUAAUUUGACCUCACCGUUUUCCUAUAAAGGUAAGAAUAUUAAUGUUACGUCCGGAGAAACUACCUUCCAACGAUCUACGGAGCGAUUUUGCAGCCUCUUGAUCGAAGCUAGUAUGUAAAAACACAGUGAAGAUCACUGAAGAAGAAAUCAGGACUGUUUUCGAACGUUUUGGUGGAACUUCGCAAAUUGUGUUGGUGGACGAGAAAUUUUUUGUUGGGGGGGCGGGGAGUGGAGGGUAUGUCGCGUUAAUUUCCUUCGUUUUGAAAUGUUACCCCCUCUCUCGCGUUAAUUCCCUUUAAUGAGAAAGCUACCCGUUUAAAGUUACAUAGAGCUCUAUUGUUUCAUAAAAAUCUUGAAACUAAACUCUUGUCCUCUUUCUAUUAAUUUUUUUCUUUUAGGAAGCAUGCCUUCCUCAUUGCAAGAUGUUCCUAAGUCGCCUGUGAUUGGUCAGUUAAUAGACUUGGAGUAGUGAGUUCUUGAUCAUAGAAAGAUACAGUGAAAAAUAGCCGAUCAAAAAAUGAGGAAAACUUUGAUAAGUGCUUUUUAGUACUAACAUAUUGGAAGGGGGAAAAUGUGAUAAGAGAAAUGGGUUUUAUCCUUAUGAUGUUAGCAUGUAUAAUAAGCUAUAGGGACGGU